ACUGCGAUUGCCGCACACAUGCAAGAGACACAUCUUACGACAUAGAACAUUAAUCAGCAUUAUUAUGAGUGAUGUCAAUGUAGAGACCCCUGCGAGCAAUGUUUCAGGUAGGGGAGCGCGUGCCGCAAAGGAGGACAGGGAGAGGGCACGAGCGAAUCAGCCCACUGGACUCAACGCCAGCUCCAUAUCUGUGGGGAGUCAGAACGCUUCUGCUGCUGGAGGAGGCCCCAGGGCACCGCGAGGAUCCAACUCGGACGACACAGAUGCCCAGUCCAGCGGGAACGAUUCGGGGGAGAGGGAAUGCGAGGGACACAUGGGACAAGAGACGUCCACUUGCAGCUUUCACAAUGGAAAAGACUCUGCCAUGGAGACUACGGAGAGCAAGAGCUCCAACUCACAGAGCCCGUCCCCGCCCGGCUGCUCCGUGGCCUAUAGCCUGCUGAGCGGCAGCUCCGAGCAGGAUCACCCGUCCACAAGCGGCUGCAGCAGCGACCAGCCGGCCCGGCUCCAGACCCAGAAAGAGCUGCUCAAGGCCCUGAGAGAGCUGAAGAUCCGCGUCCCUGCGGACCAUCGGGGGAAAGGCCGCUCCAGCACUCUGGCAUCCCUGCAGUACGCCCUCAGCUGUGUCAAACAAGUCAGAGCAAACCAAGAGUACUACCACCAGUGGAGUGUGGAGGAGAGUCAUGGCUGUUGUCUGGACCUCAGUACGUUCACCAUUGAAGAACUGGACAAUAUUACUUCAGAAUACACACUGCAGAACACGGACACAUUCUCAGUGGCAGUGUCGUUCCUGACUGGGAAAGUGGUGUACAUCUCUCCCCAGGCGUCUAGCCUCCUGCGAUGUAAGCCGGAGCGCCUGCAGGGGGCGCUGUUCUCCGAGCUGCUGGCUCCACAGGAUGUCAGCACCUUCUACAGCAGCACUGCCCCAUGCCGCCUACCCCACUGGGGUUCCUGUACGAGCUCUGCCUCUCCGGUGGACUGCGCUCAGGAGAAGUCCAUGUUCUGCCGAAUCAGCGGAGGGAAGGGGAACGAGGGGGAGGUAAAAUACUACCCUUUCCGUCUGACCCCCUACCAGCUGACCAUACGAGACUCAGACAGCUCCCAGCCUCAGCCUUGCUGUCUGCUCAUCACUGAGCGAGUUCACUCUGGAUAUGAAGCUCCUCGUAUACCAGCAGACAAGAGGAUCUUCACCACUAGUCACACGCCAAGCUGCCUCUUCCAGGAAAUAGAUGAGAGGGCUGUACCGCUACUGGGAUAUCUGCCUCAGGAUUUGGUCGGAACUCCGUUGUUGUUGUACCUUCAUCCAGAGGACAGACCGCUCAUGGUCGCGAUUCAUAAGAAAAUCCUCCAGUUUGCAGGGCAGCCUUUCGACCACUCACCCUUGCGUAUGUGUGCACGAAGCGGUGAAUAUCUCACCAUCGACACCAGCUGGUCCUCCUUCAUCAACCCCUGGAGCAGAAAGGUGGCCUUCAUCGUGGGACGCCACAAAGUCCGAACGAGCCCCCUAAACGAGGAUGUGUUCACCUUUCCCGCGGGAGGCGAGGCUCGAACCAUGUCCCCCGACAUCGUCCAGUUGAGCGAGCAGAUUCAUCGUCUGUUGGUGCAGCCAGUGCACAGCAGUGGUUCUCAGGGCUACUGCAGCCUGGAGAGCAGCGGCUCUUACGAGCUACAGCCCAGUACAGGUUCCUCCAGCGACAGCAACAGCCAUGCGGUGGAGGAGAUCGUCCAGCCUCGGAUAAUGACGUUCCAGCAGAUCUGUAAAGAUGUUCACAUGGUGAAGACAUGUGGCCAGCAGGUCUUUAUGGAGUCCCGCAACCGAGCACCACCUGGCAAAUGCGCCAGCUCAGGCUUGGCAAUCAUGAAACCGUCGGUGACGGAGCCAGUGGCCAGAGAAGGCCUCCAGGGGGAACCAGCGCCCCUCAAAACCCAGACCCGUACCCAGUCACCCAGGGAGGGCCCGCCGACCACCUACUCAUAUCAGCAGAUCAACUGCCUGGAUAGCAUCAUACGCUACUUGGAAAGUUGUAAUAUUCCCAACACGGUGAAGAGGAAGUGCGGCUCAUCUUCCGGUACCACAUCGUCCACCUCUGACGAUGACAAGCAGAGAGAGGCAAUGGGAACAACCAAAGACAUGAGAGAGACCCUAGGGGUGAACGAUGGGGCAAAGGUCGGCUCUCAGGACCCCACCCACCCUCUGACGCCUCUGGCUUUGCACUACAAGGCUGAAAGUGUAGUGUCUGUCACCUCCCAAUGCAGUUUCAGCAGCACCAUUGUUCACGUGGGCGACAAAAAGCCCCCAGAGUCAGACAUUGUGAUGAUGGAAGAACCACCCACCACGCCCACUCCUGCUCCAUCAACGCCGGCUCCCCCGACCUCCACGACUACGUCGCCGCCCCAACCCGUCACCUCAGCUACCCCAGAGAAGGAGGACCGCAGAGAGGACGUGGAGGUAACUCCUGUGGGCCUCACUAAGGAGGUGCUGUCAGCCCACACUCAGCAGGAGGAGCAAGCUUUCCUCACACGCUUCAGAGAUCUCAGUCACCUCCGUGUGCUCCAGCCCAGCUCCGCUCCUCAGCGGGGGCACACAGUCCUACCCACAGUCAAAAGCAGCAGAGGAGUCCACAGCUCCCAAGACUAUCCUGCAAGAGGUGGCGGCGGGCGUAAAAGAGGCAGAGGAGGGAAAAGAAUAAAAUACCAACAGGAGGGGUCCCAGCAGGGCAGCUAUCCCCUCGCUCAGUCCUUCUCUGGCUCCGUGCCCAACAUGUCGCCCAACGCGGCGGCAGAAAGGCCCAGCGCGUCCGCCUUUCCCUCCGCCCAGCACGUGGCGCUGGGGAUGCAGACCUCCUCAGUGUCCUGGCCCCCAUCGGUGGGCUCGCAGGCUAGCGUGCCCCCCGCCAUGCCUUCCUAUCCCCUGGGGUGUCUCCCCUUCUACUCGCCCUACGCCCCUUUCUCUCAGCAGCUCCCGCCGCCGCAGCUACCCGCCGACCCCGCCCUGCAGAUGGGACUGGGCGGCCCACAGGCGGGGCCCCGUUUCCCCAUGCAGGGGUCUCAGAUCAUGCCUCCCAUGGCACCCCCUGUGAUGGCCUUUAUAAUGCCCAACUACAUGUUCCCUCAGCUAGGCGCUCCAGUGCCCCAGCUCAACCCCACUAACAUCCAGCUUAACGCGCCAGUGCCCCAGCUCAACCAGACAGGAGUGCAGUUUAACCCAGCAGACGUAGGACAGGCGAAUCCCGGGCUUACGUCGUUCAACCCUGCUUUGGGUCGUUUGCACCCGUCAACCACCCAUCUCAACCCUUCCCCUGUGCCUUUGAUGAGUCAGCAGUUUUGCGCUCCAAACCCCAUGUUCCCCUUCCCGAAUCCUGCCGUCAUGUCCGCCGGUCCGAUCUUGCCCCCCGGCGUUGUCCAGUCAGCACCGCGUGGCCCAUCCCGCUCCAGCACGCCCCAGUCCUCUGGACAGCCUCCGGGGGAACGGGAGGGAGUUGAGUCACCCCUCUUUCAGUCUCGCUGUUCGUCACCCCUCAACCUGCUGCAGCUCGAGGAGUUGCCUAGCAACCGUCCAGAAGGUACUUGCGGCGGAGCACAGCAAACUCCGCCCCCGGUUGGAGGAACUGCUCAGGAGAGGGUAGGAAAACAAGGAGGUGGGAUUGCAGGACAGACAUCAGUCAAACACAGCAACUCAAAGGAUGCCAAAGUAAAUGACAAUACCGAGGCUAAUGAGUCCAAUCAGGAUGCGAUGUCGACCUCCAGUGAUCUGCUGGAUCUGCUCCUGCAGGAGGACUCCCGCUCUGGUACGGGCUCGGCUGCCUCGGGUUCGGGCUCCUCUGGGUCUGGGUCAGGUUCUUCUGGCUCUGGGUCCAAUGGCUGCAGCACAUCAGGAAGCGAAACAAGGAGCAGUAACACCAGCAAAUACUUUGGCAGCGUGGACUCCUCGGAGAACGAUCAUUCCCAUAAGCAAGCACAAGGGGAUUCUGGAGAGGAGCAGUUCAUUAAAUACGUCCUGCAGGACCCCAUCUGGCUCCUUAUGGCUAAUACAGACGAUAAGGUCAUGAUGACCUACCAACUGCCCAGCAGAGAUAGAGAGACGGUCCUGAGGGAGGACAGAGCUGUUCUGAAGGCCAUGCAGAAGCAGCAGCCGCGGUUCAGUGAGGAGCAGAAAAAAGAGCUGAGUCAGGUCCACCCGUGGAUACAGACAGGCCGUCUACCCAAAGCCAUCAACAUUCAGUCGUGCACAGGGUGUGAGGCGUCUGAAGCUGCCCCCUUGGCCGUACCUCUUGAUUUGGAGCCCCACGACAUGGAUCUUUCCAGUCUUCUGCCGCUGCAGGACGGAGCAGAUUCGCAAGAUCAUCUGGUUAGCACGGGCACGGCGGACGGGCCCCUCCCAUCCAGCCCUACGCCGUCCGAAACGGAGCGGGCGGCGGGCCGCGCCCAGCGCGGCGUGCCCGACACGAGCGCCCACGAUACCGCAGAGGACCUGAAAGUGACGUCAUCGCUGGAGGCGAAACCAGACUGAGGGUUGGUCCGCCGGUACAGCCGCAUCACAGGCCGGCGCGCCGAUCGGAGCAGUGCAUUCCGCAGUUAAGACCACACCGGAGAGCUGAUCAGUGUUUUCCGGAAACCCGCUGAUGAUGGUAUCUGUUACUCAGAAAGUGUCGUGGGUCAUUUUCAAAGUAUUAAGAUAGAAUCAUCUUUCCAUAUUGAAGAUUCAUUUCUUUGGGCUUUAGUUUUAACCACAACUUUUGCAGAGCUAAGAAAAUAUUCAUCAUCUACAUCAUUGUAACUCAUUAGUGCCUAAGUGAAUGGUUCCGCUGUUUAGUGUUACUCUCAUCAUUAGAACUUGCAUAAACAACUCUCUUUCUGAAAGCCGAGAACUGGUUUAAAACAAUUUUAAAUUAUUAUCAAAUAGAAAAGUAAACGAAACUCAUGUGUCUCCGAACCUUUUAAGAGGGAAGUAUGAGAUUUUAACAGAUCACAAUUGAAAUCUUGUUUGUGUUAUUUGUACAUAUAUUUUGAAAUGUGACAUGCACUAAUAUUCAGAUUGGGAUUUAGAGAGCCACCUGGCUCAAGGGAUCUUCUGUUGAAUGUCCACCCAGAGUGGUGCUUGAUAAAAGGAAAAAAAAAAAAAAAGUGUUUGUACAGAUACCAAAGGCUUUUUUUUUCUCUGGUAUAUGUAUCUUUAUGAUUGAAAAGGAGACGUUGUAAUAUACACUUUAUUGAUAUAGUUAUUUUUUGAUUGAGAAUGUUAACCGUGUAUAUAUUAUAUUUAUAUAAUGCAAAACCGUGUCAUUCAGAAGAUAUUGACGUUUGCUUUUCCUUUGAGCAAGUUUGAUUAAUAUGUUAAAAUUCAUUGUAGGCAGUGUUUUACAUUAAACUCAGUAAAGUGUCAUUGGGCAAGGUUCAGUUCUGACCAAAUCUCCUCUCCUUAUAUUUUGUUGUUUUGAAAACUCAAAUUAUAUUUUUAUAUCUCUUUGUAAAUAGAGAUAUUUACAUGUGAUGAAUUUGUCUGAUUGUUAGACAAAAAAAAAAAGAAGCAUUUUCAGAUAAGAACCUCCGAUUUCAAAGGAGCUGACAUAGAUGUUCCCAUGGAAACGCAAUAAUCUUGCUGAGUGGACAGCAACGGUAGAGAGAAAAAGAAACUGAUUUGUUCAAGGACCUACAAUGUGUGUUCUGGUUAAAGAAGCACUUAAUAUUCUUCUACAUGAAGUGUAGAAUCAAUUCUGACUUGACUCUCUGGCUAAAACUUACAAAAUGGUGUAUGGACAGAUUAGAACACUCCCCGUCACACUCUGGGCCUGGAUCCCAGAGUUUUUUUAACAGUCUGUCUGUAAGUAUAGACAGGCCCAAUCAGUUUACAUGCAGUGGAUAAUCUUCUUUGGGGAGGAGAAACUGUUGUGCCAUGUGUCAUGUCGUUUUUUUCGUUUGUUUGUUUGUUUAUUUUUUUGUUUUGUUUUGGUGUUUUUGCUUAUGACUUGGAUGUGAUGAAAUCUUUUACUACAGCAGUGCUUCAGUUUUGCUCCCUCAGUACUUUCCAUUUAAUUUG